UACACGCAUCGUAAAAUUAGCUUUAUUGUUAUAUUGUUUGGUAGGAAAAGCGCGUGUGAUGAUCGGAGCUUUUUAGAAGUUAGGCGAACUCUGUUUUUUUUUUUUUUUUUAAUUUAUCCCAUUCUGUCGAUUAAUUUUUAAAAAAAUUUUUCCUUAGUAUUAGGCUUUAGCUGUCUGUAAGUAAAUUUCUAGAAUGGUGUUAUCGAAGACGACAUUCCGAGCUUUCUUAUGCGCUGUUGGCAAAAUUAGCGUACAGUCGUCAAGAAAUUAUAAUAAUAUCAUAUAUAUAGCAUCAAAGCGAAAUAAGUUUAAUUCGUCUUAUUCUAAAUUCAUUGUAGCUUCUGCUGCUGCGUUAGGUUUCUCUUUAUAUAUUGCUCAUAAAAAUAAGAUCAGCUGUGACAUUGAUUUGGCUGAUGUGAAGAUUAGGAAUGAAAUUGAGACAUAUGAAGAAGCUAUAUCAAAGAGUCGGGAUGUCUUGCAACGUAUCAAGGAUGAAGUUGGAGCCCCUGGCAUAGUCAUUGGGGUUAGCAUAAAUGGAAAAACUAUAUGGAAAGAAGGUCUUGGUUAUUCUGAUGUAGAGAAUCGAGUUUUGUGCUCUGGUGAUACAGUCAUGAGAAUUGCUAGCAUUAGUAAAAGCAUUACUAUGGCUGCUGUUGCUAAGCUAUGGGAACAAGGCAAACUAGACCUUGAUAAGCCAGUUCAAGAAUAUGUGCCAUAUUUUCCACAGAAAAACUUUGAUGGAAAACCAGUUACAAUAACAUGCAGACAUCUUGUAUCUCACUUGGGUGGAAUUAGACAUUAUGUCAAACAGCCAAAUGAUCAGAAGAAUGAUUUAAAAAACGGCGAGGAAAAGUCAAGUACUAAAAAGGAAGUACAGAAAAAUGAGUUUGAAUAUAAAGAAUAUUACAUCAAGGAGAAUUAUAAAGAUGUCCGAUCCUCUGUUGACAUUUUCAAAGAUGAUCCACUUAUUGCAAAGCCAGGUAGUAAAUUUAUUUAUAGUACUCAUGCCUGGACACUCAUUAGUGCUAUAGUUGAAGCUGCAGCUAAAGAACAAUUCCGUGUUCAUAUGACUAAGCUAUUCAAGAAGCUAGGAAUGACGAACACAUAUAUUGAUGAUAAUGAUGUUUUAAUCUAUCACAGAUCAAGGAAUUAUAUAAAAGCAAAGAAUGGAUAUUUGAUAAAUGCACCAUAUGUAAACAAUUCCUAUAAACUGGCAGGAGGUGGUUUUUUGUCAACUGUUGGAGAUUUGCUUCACUUUGGCAAUGCAAUGCUGUAUAGUUUGCAGUUCAAAAUGACCACCCAGAAAAUGAGUGAUGGUAAUUUCACAGAGACUUCUACUUGUAAUCAGAGUGCAAGUGAUAAAAAUAUUGACUGCCCUAAUGACAGAAUGUCUUGUAAGAAGCAAAUUCUUCCAGGAUAUUUAAAUUCAAAAACUGUUGAAGCGAUGUGGUCUCCUAUUGCUGAUUAUAAGGAAUCAAAAUAUGGAAUGGGAUGGGCAAUAUUUCCGGAAAGCCAAGAUUGCCAGUACUGUGAAGAAAACAAAUACUGUGUAUAUCACUCAGGUGGAGCCAUAGGUGCUAGUAGUAUACUUUUAAUUUUACCAAAAGAGUGCCACAAUGAAGAACAUAUAGAUAUUGAAUUUUCAGGUGUUCCUAAAGGAAUAGUUGUCUCGAUUCUUACCAAUCUUCAAUCCAUAAACUUAUAUAAAACAGCUUUGACAAUAGCAAACAUAUUUGACCAUAAACGGUUAACAAUUCAUAAUAAUCAAUAAACUUAUGCUUUUUUUACAUUACUUCCUUAUAAUCCUUUAUUAAUCCUGUAAUAUGAUUUACUUUCUGAUUGAAAUUUGAAUGUUCUGUAUUAUGCACAUUUCUUUGCUUGAUUAGGGAAUAUUUUAAGUAUACUAUUUUAUUAUUCAAUUAUAUUUUUUGAAUUUUUAUUUCAUUCUAAUAGUGUGAAUGAGUACAGGUUAUAGGUAUGAAAUUGUUUUCAAACAUAUGUGUAUACUUAAAUCAUAAAAUGGUGUUUAAAUAAUAAAAAAAAAAAAUUGAAAUACUGAUUGUAUUGAAUUUGGUCGAAUAAAAAUGUGAAAUUUUA